ACGGGAGGAGACUGUGGGCGGGACGGACCUGCAGCGACAAUGCAACAAUCCGGUGCAUUCCAAUUCUAUAGGAUGCAGAGCCCAUCCUUCCCAGCCCCGCUAGCUGGAGGUGAUGGGUUUUGUAGUCCAGCUCUCCCCUCUCUUCCCCAAUCCUGACAGGGCGCCGGCUGAGGUGGGCGUAUUGAAAGGAGUGAGGAUCGCUCUGUCCCACAGAAAGAAAGUCCCACCCUAGUGCCCCCUUCUUCAAAUACCUUGCUGGGAGUGACAGCGCCCCCCCCCCAUUAGUGCUGCAAAUGGCUUGGUUUCCACUACAGUAGCAGACCAGGUUUUUAGGGCGCCACUACUUCUCAUGAUGAUUGUGAUAUCCUGCCUGGGAACGAUGCCGUCUGUUUUGACCCAGCCGUCGAUGCCCUGGCUGCUUCUGGCGUAAGGCAAGGGGCAAGGCCGAAAGGCAGCCCUUAAGUUCGCGGUCCGACUGCUUUUCCUGCUUUGAGAGGGCGGAGGGGGUGGGUGAGCCUGAGCUGCUCUCCCUCCCCUCCCUUCCAGAAGGAACCCAUAGGCAAAAUCUUCUCCGUGCCCUGCAGUUCUCACUGCACUCCCCGCUGGCCGCCGGGCAGGGCCAGCCAUCCUUCCUGCCAGGGCCCCAGGGCCUCACCUCACUCAUCCCGAGGUGAGACGUGGGCCUCCGUUGCGGGGGACAAAAUGGCAUCGGGGAGAGGAGAAACAGCUGCCCUUCACCUCCAGCAGCAGGGGGCUGCCGAGCCGAGCUCGCGGCCGGCCAUGAAGAUGGAGGACACGGCCGUGCAAGAGAUGGGGCGGGGCGGAGUCUCGCGCUUCCUUCAGAUCGGCUCCACGCGGGAGUUCUUAUCCGGAGAGGCUUCGCGCCACGUCAAACAGGAGCCGGAUGACCACCUCCCGCCCCAUCACUGGGCUCCCCCGAGACAGGAGUUUUCUCCAUCGGGGUGGAGAAACACUGCUCCACCCAAACUCCUGACAUGGGACAAUAGCUCUUUCCAAGCCCCAUACGAGGCUCCGGCCAACCAGAGCCCCUGGCCCUCGGGGGGAUGGGGAGGCCAGACUCUGGCCAGCCUGAGCAGGGGGACACAAACAGCCUAUAGCAUCCAGGAGCACCGAGAACGGAGGACCUACCGGGGCCUCAAGGAAGAGCCUCCGAAUGAAGGGACGGUGGGCAUAGAGAUCCGGCGCCAGCGCUUCCGGCGGCAUCGCUACCAAGUGGCCGAAGGGCCCCGCGAAGCCUGCAGGCAGCUGCAGGAGCUUUGCCACGAGUGGCUUCAGCCCGAGAAACACACCAAGGAGCAGAUCUUGGAGUUGCUGAUCCUGGAGCAAUUCUUGACCAUCCUCCCCCAAGAAGUGCAGAGCUGGGUCCGGGAACGGGGGCCGGAGACCUGCAGCCAAGCAGUGGCCUUUUCAGAAGAGUUCCUGGUGCGGCAGAGAGAGACUCAAAGGAAAGAGCCACAGGUGAUGUGGUCCUUCGAGGACUUGAUGUUGAACCCUACCCGGCCACCAUCUGUCCAGUAUUCUGCCAGGACACAGCAGGUCCAUUACCCCACGGUGGCACUGCCCAUGCAGUACCCACCCUUGGCACCACAGUCCCAGUAUCCUGCCAUCGGACAGCCGGCCCCCCAUCCCAUUGUGGCGGAGCGAAUGCCAGCGGAUUCUCGGCAGAGGAUUAUCGGCAGGAAGUCCACGGCAGACGAUGGCGCCACCCUCCGCCCUUAUGGGCCCAUCCAGGAGUUCCGGAGGCCCCUCACCAACGCUGAGCGGAUGAGGAACCGGAGGAUGAGGAACCGGAAGCAGCGCUUGGAGACCAGCAUGCAGCUGGUGGAGUCGGCCUCCCGGGCCCCCUCCAUGCUGUUGGAUGCCAUGCGGGGCCUACACUGUCACGAUCUGAAGGCCUUUGACAGGGCCAGGCAGGAGGAAAGGCAGCACCGCAAACAGGAACGGCGGCAGGAUCGAGCCACGGCGCAGCUGAUGGUCGACGCCAUUAAACGCUCCCACCGCGACCUGGGGGAGUUCCUGGGAAGGCAGACCUCCGCCAUGGCCGCCAUCGCGGAGGUGUUUACGGGUCAGAAGUCACCUGCCCAGAGCACCCAUGCCAACCUCAGCUCUUACUCAGGGUACGGCAACCCGCCCUGGGGUCCUCCAGAGCCUGGAGCUCCAGUACCAUCCGGCCACAUCCCUGGCAUGCCUUCCGAGCCAGUCACCGGUCCCGUCGUUCCCUGCCCGGUGCCUCCGGUGGCUCUGCCUGGUGGCAGUGGUGACCCAGUUCUGGAGCCGUCUCCUACAGAUGGACCAAGCGAGGCUGCUGCGCCCGAUUCCCCAAAGCCUUCCACCUCUGAUGCCACUUCCCGUGGUCUGGAUGCCAGGCCCAGCAGGGGCACCAAAAGGAAGACGUGGGACUGAGGACCUAUAACUCGCUCUAAAAAAAAAAAGUAGUGUUUGUUUUUUUUUAGGCCAGUUUCGUUUCCAGUUGCCAUCCUGGCAAAGCUUGUCUCCCUGUCCCCGGUGUGUUAGGAGGACGGCCCAUCUUAUCUAUGCAAGGAAGCAUAAGGCAAAGCUUCAGGCCCAAGGGAAGGAUUGCUGUGGGCUUCCGAGUCCAUGGGGUUGCAGAUCACAAAAGAGAGAAAGCAGCAGAUAGCCUGAUUUGUUGUAGGCGGAUUAGGAGUGCAGCUUUGGGGCAAAUCUGCGUCUGUCCAUUUGCAAAAUAGGAAUAACCAACCCACGUUUACAUCGUUCCUUCAAAAGAAGAUACUAUAAAGGUCAUUUUACUUCUCCGGUAAUUAAAAGGAGGUGGUGAAAAUUGUAGGUUGCUUCAAAUGACCACAAGAGGCUGUAUUCGUCUUCCCAAUUCUCAGUUACAAUUUAUUUAUUGUAUUUAUUGUAUAUACAUACAUAUAUAUAUAUAUAUGUACACACACACACAUAUACUGCCUAAUAAUAGUGAAGAACCAAGCGGGUUCCAACAAUCAAAACACAGGCUUGCAAAAUUAAAAUAGCGAUGGGGUGUGUGUGGAAUACAGUGGUUACCGAGCUGCUGCUUCAAAUAAGAUUCCUUUUAUACCCAUUUUACAGAUGGGAGGGCAGGGACUGAGGCUGAAGAUUCGAGGUGCGCCAGAUGUUUUCGCAUCUUAGAAAGGUCUCAUCCCGAUCUCAAAAGUGGUGGCUCUGACUUCAUGGGCAGAUCCUUGUAAACCUCUAGAAUAAUCUUCCAUGUUUCUGAAGAUCACAAGUCAGGCUGGAUCUCUGAAAACAUUUCAUCUUUCUCUCCCAAGUCUGGGUUGGGUUGGGCUGUUUGCUUUUCCAGAUUCUAAUACCUUUUUUUUUAAAAGUGCACCAUUGUUUGGUUCUACAGCGGGGAAGGGCAUCUUGAAAUAAAUGGCUGUUUCUGUCAGGGUAGCUUUAUAUCUUCUAAUGUAAAGAGUUCCCAGCCUUGUUUUUAACCCUGCUUUUGCUGAGAAAUUAGGAUUUUCCCUCCACUUCAGGGGGGGGAAAAUCCAGUAAAACUGAACAUUAACCAUCCUGUUGCCUUGAUUCCGGAUGUAGUAUUUUUAGAUCUCCUGUUGAAACAGAAGGCAAAAGAACCAUGGCUUCCCUUGUCUGUUUCUUUUUUGUGUGUUCGUUUUUAAAAAAAAUCUCACUUUGUCCCCAAAGUGCUGGGUAGAAAGGCUUAAAAUGGAACUGGGGAUUGUGAUAAGGCCAGAGGUUCGGUCUGGUUUGGACAAACUGGUAAGUGACCUGUGGGUACAAUCCCGUCCUAUAUCACUGUGUUUUUGACGCCACACGCAUGCGUGGAUGGUGCACGCGCACGAAUUGCCGUGUUGUUCGAUGCCGCACACACAUACAUUUCCGGUGGUGGGUGAACCGCUUGUAACUUGUGACCCAAGCCCAAGUAGGUAGUAAGAAACUCAGUCCAUAAAAAAACCCAAAAACUUUAUUUGAACAGCUGAGAAUUACUUCAUUCCCAGCGUAGUUCAACUAAAUUAAAACAAAUUCCUCCCAACACAAAUUCCUCGGUCCUAUCACCAAUCUUGGUCCAAGUAGUCAAACUGCCAAAGGCCUUUCUUGGCAAACUUUCAGAAGUUACAAAAAUAAAUGCAAGACAUAGAUGAAACAGAAGACAAAGCUACCAAUGUUGUUUUCCGUCAAAGCCCAAACGCCAUUGCUGGUCUGUUUUAAGCCUUAUGGGAGGGGCCAAUCAUCUCUUGGCCCUACUGAAGUCAUCCUUUUUGCAUGAGCUGCUCUUGCCUUCUGGCAGCUCUUCUCAUGCGUGCAUUAGGAACAGGCUCCUCCUGUUCCUCUGCCUCACUAUUAUCAGUCUCUGGAGGCUCUGGAGUCCGCACCUCACUCCCCGAUGGCCCUGGCCUCACCUCAGCCUCAUCACUGUCCGACUCCAUUGCCAGCUCUCUAGGCUGCUGACAGAUCACAACAAACAGUAUGUGAAGCCCACCUCUGGACAAGGUCCAUAAUUUUCUGAUCUAAAAUCAGAGGUGGGCUUCACAUACUGUUCCAACCAGUUCGGCCAGCACCAGAACUGGGAGCGCAUGUGUGCCAUCCACGCAUGCGUGUGGCGUCACAAAACACGGCAAUUUGCUUGCACAUACAUGCAGCGUCAAAAACGCAGCGACAUAAGAUGGGAUUGCCUACCCGCAGGUGGUUGCUACCUGUUCGCCCAAACUGGCUGAAUGCUACCUCUGUCUAAGAUGACUUUCAGCGUUGCAGGUAAAGUCCUGCUUAGCACAGGAAGCAAUUAAGUUGGGGAAUGAACAGCUGGACUGGAUCAAAGAGCCCAAAUCACAAUUCCAGCUGCAUCUGAGGGUUGUAUCCAAUUUCCUGCUCUUAGUGCUCUUUUGUGAGCCACCUGUAACAUGGCUGGGGUGCCCAUGUUCAUAUGUGCAAAUAAAUGAAAUUAGAUGUCGGAGGCUGCCCCUUUGCUUCUGUAGCAUAGCUCGUCCCCUUGAGGCACCCAAACACCUCCCACUAAAGAGAAAUGCGGGCUGCCUAUUCUCAAAGCAAUGGGGAAAGGGGAGAAAAUUUCAAUUUUUUU